UAAAUACAGUCAAAAUCCCUGAGAGUAAGACGGCCAAAACCCUUUUCGCAAUGGCUUCCACCAUUCUGUUCCGCCUCUCUCUUCCGCUGAACAGACCACCAUUGACCACCACCAAAGCCACCUCCGGCGACCGCCAUUCCUAUCACCACCGCCGCCUCCUCCUCCCCCAUCCUCUCAAACCCAUCUUACCAAAACUCUCCCAAAUCCGAUCCCCACCCAAGCCCACCACGACGGCCCCCAUCACCGCCUCCUACAGCACAACGCCGGCGACAGACCGCCUAAUCUCCGCCGUGGCCUACUUCCUCCCCUUCUUCAACGGCCUCCAAUACGGGCGAUUCCUGUUCGCCCAAUUCCCAGCGCUGGCCAUCCCAUUGGAGCCCAUCCUCCCACUCCUCUCCCUCUACCGCUCCAUCCCUUUCGCGAGCUUCGUCACCUUCUUCGCCCUCUACUUGGGCAUCGUCCGCAACCAGAGCCUGAGCCAUUACGCCCGCUUCAACGCCCUCCAGGCUUUGGUCCUCGAUAUCCUCUUGGUGGUGCCGCUCUUGCUGCAGCGGAUCCUCUCUCCGGGCCAGAGUGGUAUUGGGCUCAAGCUAACGAUUUGGCUCUAUAAUGGGCUUUUUCUUUUCGUAGUGGGCUGCUUUCUUUAUGGGCUUGUUUCUAGUAUCAUUGGCAAAACCCCUUACUUCCCCCUCGUCACUGACGCUGCCAAGAACCAAAUGUAGUUGUAGUAGUAAUAAUAUGAUAUUUUGUUUUCUUAUGUAAUGAAUGGUUUUAUUAUUUAUUCAAUUUUCUUUUAUUGCGUGCA